UCGGAGGAUAGUUUGGCUGUGAACACUUUGUCUAAGGCUGAGCAGAGCUGAUGGACAUCUGUGAAACCUGAUACAUUGUCGUAUCUACUGUGCAAGACGGGUGAACAGACUCCCUCGACAAAAUGGAUACAGAGAGGGACGAGCCCGUCACCCUCAACACUUUCUACACUACAGUCCACAUCCUGGGUCAUCAGCAUGCACGACUUCGUUACAUGCAGAGGGAUGGCAGCUUUCCGGUUGAGUUCCAAAAGGUGCCUGGACACUGGAACCUGUACCUGAUGGAUAUCUUCACUACCCUGGUGGAGAUCCGUUGGAGGAUGAUGCUUCUCAUGUUUUCACUCUCGUACAUCCUCUCCUGGCUCUUCUUUGGUCUCUGCUAUUGGAUUAUCGCCUAUGUGCAUGGAGACAUCAUCAGUGAAACAGACCGACCAUGUGUGGAGAAUGUGCGCAGCUUCACAGCAGCAUUUUUGUUCUCCAUGGAGACCCAAGCGACUAUUGGCUACGGCUUCCGAGGGAUGACUGAGAAUUGCAUGGUGGCCAUCAUUGUGGUGACAGUUCACGAUGUGUUUAGCUGCCUUCUUGACACCAUAGUUAUCGGGAUUGUCAUUGCUAAAAUGGCAUGUGCCCGGAAGAGAGCUCACACUGUGGGUUUCAGUCACUGUGCUGUGGUCAACCUGCAAGAUGGUGUUUUGUGUCUCUCGUGGCGCCUUGGGGACUUCAGACGUAACCACAUGGUGGAAGGUGUUGCCAAGGCUCAGCUAGUGCGUUAUGUGAAAAAGCCACUGGGUUCCGUUGUGCUGUCAUACCAAGAUGUGAACAUCCAGAGUCGAGACAUUGUCCUCGUCACACCAACCACCAUUAUCCACAAGCUGGAGCCCGGCAGUCCGCUCUACAGCCUGAGCCCUCAAGACCUGCUGGAGGAAGACUUCGAACUGGUGGUGACCUUCACCUAUACCAGCGACACUACAGGUAUCCUGCACCAAACACGAACCUCUUACACCGCAGCAGACAUCCGCUGGGGCCAGCAUUUCCAGGACAUGCUAAAAGUUGGUAAAAAGCACUACAAGGUGAACUAUGCUCUGUUCAACGAGACCACAUGGGUGCCGGUGCCCAUGCUAAGCGCAGAGGAGUACAACAGAGAGAGGUGUCCACUAGAGAACAUCCAGUCCCAUCGGUCCUUCAAGGGACCCAGAGAGAACGGCGUCACCAAUGCUGACGUCACUGAAGAGGUGAACCAACAGACAUGCUUGUAGGAGAAACAGUAUUUCUGACAGAAAC